AAUCCAAACUAACGAAAAUAUUUAGUAUAAUAAUGGUAAAACUAAUCUGCUACUAAGCAAUUAAGUCUUAGCAACCAGCUGAACAAAAAUUACAUUCAAAUUGACUGCUCAAGAUUUAAAUCAGCAGCUUUUGAAAAACUGAAAAUCACCAAAAACACGGCGAAAACGUGACAAAAAGAAUAUUAAUUUGUUUCGCCAAAGAAUUUGAAUCUAGCCCAACACAAUGGCGGAUGAUGACGAGGGUCAAGAGAAGGCCCAGUUGGCAGGAGAUCCCACCGAGGAUGUCCGAUUCCUGUACUUCGAGGAGUACAUUCUGAAAGCCAUGAAGUUGAAGGGUGACAAGUGGGCCAAGUUAAUCAAUGUGGAUGAGAACGCACACCUCAUCUUCACCUUCUUCGACACAAAGGAACAGGACAAAAUUGUGUUCACACUCAAUGCCGCAGGAGCCCUGCAAGUGUCGCUUGACUGGCCGACGUCCACUAAAUCGAAGACGCUGUUCUAUCUAAAGCGAAAUGUAGCCAAUCGGGUGACGAAGGACAACUACAAGACCUCUUUCAUCUACGGCGAUCUGUCUCUUGUACCCCUCGACCAACUCAACUCAUUCGUCGAUGAUAUUGUGCUUCCUCUGAUGGCGAAUGAGAGAAAUCACGACGAGUGGCCGAAAGUGAUCUCGGACGACUUAGUGAGACACUGCUACGGGAUGAAGAACAAAGUGCAUGUUGUGAAUGGACUCACCAAAGGCACCACUCUGCUCCCCAUGCCAGCUGGAACAGAGCGGAUGGAACACUUUGAGCCAGAGGAUCGUCCUGUGGUCCAUGCCAUCGAGGGCAUCAUCAUCGAAUGGACCCACCAGAUCCGAGACAUCCUGAAGACCGACUCCUCGGCUCCGCUUUUAGCGGACUUGAACCCAAACCCAUUCGUGGAAACUAAAUUCUGGGAAGAGAAGUCCAAAAACUUGGCUAACAUCUACGAUCAGCUGCGAGACAAGAAAGUGAGACGGAUGAUGGAGACUCUGAAGCAGAUAGACAGCAGCUACCAUCAGGCAUUCAAACGCAUUUUCAGAGACACAGUUGCAGCCCUGAGUGAGGCGCAAGACAUCUCGCUGCACCUGCGCCCCCUGAAGCGACACUUUGAGGACUUGGAGGGGGUGGAAUUCAACGAGUGCAGACCCCUGAUGGAGCCGAUGAUGCGAGUAGUGGCCCUGGUGUGGGUGCACUCCAAGUACUACCGGGCCCCCCAGAGGUUGAUUGUGCUGAUGCAGGAGAUAAACAACCUCAUCAUCGAAGUGUGCCGGCUGUUCCUGGAUCCUUUCGAAGUGUUCCACACUGAGCCAGAGGAAGCUACUGACCGAAUCAAGCAGUGCAUAGACAAUCUGCACUACUGGAAGGAACUGUUCUUCAAGUACAAGGAGGAUGUGAAGGGCAUGUUUGAGGAGGGCCAGGAGGUGGAGGCGUGGGACUUCCCCCCUUCGCUUAUCUUCAGCAGAUUCGAUGGAUUCACAGAGAGAAUCGAAGUUGUCCUGUACCUGUACGAGACAGCGAUUGAGUUUACCAAGUUGGAGAAGGUGGAGAUAGGGGGUCUGAAGGGCAAGAUGCUCACCCAGAAUGUCAUGCAGAUCUUCGAGGAGUUCCAGGAGUGCUUCAAGAUAUUCACAGAGAACACCUACGACAACCUCGACUACCAACUGCCCGAAUUCCACCAUGACUUUGAACGGUUCACCACCCGCGUGAAUGAAUUGGACCGGAGGCUGGGUGACAUCGUCUGCCAGGCAUUCGACGACUGCAUCAACAUCGAGAGCUCAUUCAAGCUCAUCGAUGUCUUCGGUGGUCUUCUGGACCGGAAGCUGAUCAAGAAGGACUUUGAGCCACGACUGCCAGAAAUAGUUGAGAGGUUCCACGAGGAGCUGGACAAGGCCAAGGAGGUGUACGAUGCCCAGAUGAAAUCGACCAAGGCCGAUGAUGCAGAUCCACAGGUGCACAAGAACAUGCCCAGUGUUUCUGGACAGCUGAAAUUCUGUAAGGAAAUGCGCCAGAGACUGGAAAGACCCCACUCCUUCUUCGAGAACAGAACCAACCCUGGCCGACAAGGAUUGGAAGCUGUGUUCGCAAGUGACCGGGCCAAAGAGAUGGAGGAGAAAUACGAGGAGAUGAUGGCUCUGCUCUCCAAAUACGAGAAGGACACGUAUGCGGCGUGGGUGCAAAAAGUGGACAGCCAGACUGACUUCAACUUGAACAAGCCAGUGCUGCUCCGAUCUGAAGAGAACAGACACAUCUCUGUCAACAUCGACCCACAGCUGAUUGCGGUGAUGCGUGAAGUGAAGUACCUGAAGAUGCAGGAACGAGAGGACAUUCCAGAGAAGUCGCUCAACUUCUACGAAGAGACGGAUAAGUACAUCAAGUACCUGCAGAACCUGGACGUCACUGUGAAGUGGUACAACAAGAUUCUAGACACACAGGAGACACAUGAGCAGCCUCUCAUUGAAGAUGAGCUGGCAACUAUUGAUGCCCAGCUGAAGAAAGCGGAGGACCAGUUGACCUGGGUUGCACCCGGUCUCUGGGAGUACAUCGAGCAGACACGUGACAUGAUUCACGACCUCGAAAAGCGUCUUCAGAAGUCGAAGGACAACAUAGCCGACAUGCAGAAGAUAAUGUCGGUCUGGGCUAAGAGUCCCCUCUUCGAGCGAAAGGAGGGCAAGGUUGACUCCCUAUUGGAUAUCCAUGGUCGCGAAAACGCCCUCAAAGCUAAGGCUGACUUGAUCAAACAAGACGGAGAGAAGAUCCACGCUCUAGUGGCCGAAAAUAAAGAGCUGCUCAAAGUGCAUAAUGACAAGGGCAAUGACUGGAUGGCGUAUGUUGACGUGGUCGACGCUUUGGUCGUCAAGGGAUUCUUCGACUGCAUGAACACCAGUUUGGACUACUUCCUCGACAAUUUGGACAGUGGGAAGAAUAUCGCGGUGCUGUUUGAGAUCCAGCUGGAGCUGACCAGACAGGAGAUGUUGUUCAAGCCCUCUCUGGACAGUGACAUGGAGACUGAACAAGUGUCCUCAAUUGACCCUAAGACAUUCUACGAAUUGGUCGAGAGUCUACUAAAUGAUGUGUUCAGCCUGACUAAGCUGAUCAAGAGGCUGAGCAUGACUAAUGACCAAGAGGAUUACUUCUCCCAAACUACAAACGAGGACGAACUCAUCGAGAAACGACAGGAAAUCGACGACAAAGUUCAAGCCGGAGCAAACAAAGCGAUCGAGUACCGCGCCUCAUUCGAGAACCUGGCUUACCUCUGGACAGACGACAGGAAAGAGUUCAUGGAACAGUUCGUGCGAUACGGUCACGUGCUCACUCCAGAAGAGAUCGAGCAGUACGCGGAGACUGAAGUGCCGGAAACUCCGCCCACUCUGGAACAGUUCAAAGAGCAGAUUGAUGGGUAUGAGAAGACAUACGCGGACAUUGAGAGCAUGAGUGCAAGCCAAGUGUUCGACAACUGGCUGAGGAUAGACUCGAAGCCGUUCAAACAGGCACUCCUGAAUGAGAUCAAAAAGUGGAGCUACAUGCUCAAGCAACACCUCAUCGACAACGUCACCAACAGCCUGGAGAGUUUGAAGGAGUUCAUCUCGUAUGCGAACAGUGGGCUGGAGAAGGAGAUCCCGGAAGGAGACUACCACGGACUAGUGGAGUGCAUGGCAUACCUCAUGAAGGUCAAACAACGACAGGCCGCCACUGACACAAUGUUUGAGCCGAUCAAGGAGAAGAUAGAACUGCUGGAGUCCUAUGGUCAGGAAAUGAGUGACGAAGUGCAUCAGAGACUGGAGGAGUUGCCGGAACAGUGGAACAACACGAAGAAGAUCGCAUUCACUGUCAAACAGAAUGUCGCCCCUCUCCAGGCCGACGAGGUCGCCAACAUCAGACGCAAGUGCACCUCAUUCGAAGUGCAACAGCAUGAGUUCCGCGAGGAGUUCAGACAGACAGCACCCUUCGCUUACACAACUCCAGACCCAUACGAACAACUGGACGAGCAACACCUCAAAAUAUCCCAGCUGGAGGAUGAUAUGGCUGCUCUGUACAAAUCAGCCGGACUAUUUGAGGUGAAUGUGCCGGAGUACCGUCAGUUGAAACAGUGUCGGAAAGAGACGAGGAUGUUGAAGAACUGUUGGGACCUGAGGGACCUGAUCACGAGUAGCUUCGAGGAGUGGAACAGCACCAGGUGGACGGAGAUCAACGUCGAGUCCAUGGACAUGGAGUGCAAGAAGUUCGCCAAGGAGAUCAGAAGUCUGGACAAAGAAUGCCGCGCUUGGGAUGUCUACACUGGAAUGGAAAAUGCCGUGAAAAACUUAAUGACGUCACUGCGAGCCGUAGGAGAGCUUCAGAACCCGGCAAUCCGAGACCGCCACUGGAACGAACUUAUGCAAGCCACAGGAGUCAAGAUCGUCAUGUCCAGUGACACUACAUUCCUUGACCUUUUGAACUUGAACUUGCAUAAUUACGAAGACGAGGUCAAAGGAAUUGUGGACAAAUCAGUCAAAGAAGGCUCAAUGGAAAAAGUGCUUCGAGAGCUGGACAGAACUUGGACUUCUAUGGAGUUCGAAUACGACAAACAUCCGAGGACAGAAGUACCCCUGGUCAAAGCCAGCGAGGAGUUAAUUGAGACUCUUGAGGACAAUCAAGUCCAACUUCAAAACAUGAUGUCAUCCAAAUACAUCGCGCACUUCCUGGAAGAAGUGUCAGAGUGGACCAAGAAGCUAUCGACUGCAGACUCUGUGAUCCAGAUCUUUGUCGGAGUCCAAAAAACUUGGUCGUACCUUGAGAGUAUCUUCAUCGGAUCCGAGGACAUCAGACGACAGCUUCCCGAAGACUCGGUUCGUUUCGACGGUAUCGACAAAGACUUCAAAGAGAUCCUAUACGAAACGGAAAAGACGCCGAAUGUAAUUGAAGCGACAAACAAAGAGGGCUUGUAUGACAGGCUUGAGGUUCUACAGAGUGGGUUGGCUCUUUGUGAAAAGGCGUUGGCAGAAUACCUCGAAACGAAACGUCUGGCGUUCCCACGGUUCUACUUUGUAUCGAGUGCCGACUUGCUGAACAUUCUAUCAAACGGAAACUAUCCAGAGAAAGUGGCGCCGCAUUUGUCCAAACUGUUUGACAGUUUGUGCAACUUGCAGUUCAAAGAAGGCGAUAACAAGAGCGCUAAAACUAUGUUUGCAAAUGACGGCGAGACAGUGGAUAUGGACGAAAUAAUCGACUGCAGCGGACAAGUUGAAGACUGGUUAAACAGAGUGCAAGAUCGCAUGCAAGAAACGGUCAGAAAAUCAAUCGGAGACGCCACCGCUGCUUAUGAAGACCAACCACGUGAGCAAUGGCUGUUCGAUUGGCCCGCGCAAGCCGCACUGGCAACAUGCCAAAUAUGGUGGGUCACUGAAGUCGGCUAUGCGUUUGCGAAGUUGGAAGAAGGCUACGAAAAUGCGAUGAAAGAUUACAACAAAAAGCAAAUUAGUAAUCUAAAUGCACUAAUUAUGUUGCUAAUUGGAAAACUGAGCUCAGGUGAUCGUCAAAAGAUUAUGACCAUUUGUACGAUUAAUGUACACGAGCGAGAUGUGAUUCUGAAGCUGAUCGCAAACAAGAUUGACAACUCGCAGGCUUUCUUGUGGCUGUCACAGUUGAGACACAGAUGGGACGAGGAACAGAAGCACUGCUUCGCCAAUAUCUGCGAUGCUCAGUUCAAAUACUCGUACGAAUACCUCGGCAACACCCCUCGUCUGGUCAUCACACCCCUGACAGACAGGUGUUACAUCACCCUCACCCAGUCCCUCCAUCUGAUUAUGGGUGGGGCACCCGCAGGACCCGCCGGAACAGGCAAAACGGAGACGACCAAGGAUCUCGGGAAGGCCCUGGGUAUCAUGGUGUACGUAUUCAACUGCUCGGAACAGAUGGACUACAAGUCGUGUGGUAAUAUCUACAAGGGACUGGCCCAGGCAGGCGCAUGGGGCUGUUUCGACGAGUUCAACCGAAUCUCAGUCGAGGUGUUGUCGGUGAUUGCGGUGCAAGUGAAGACUGUUCUGGAUGCUAUCAAGGACAAGAAAGAGGUGUUUGACUUCAUGGGAGAAGUCAUCAAACUCAAACCCACUGUGGGAAUGUGGAUCACUAUGAAUCCAGGGUACGCUGGUCGAGCCGAGUUGCCGGAAAAUCUGAAAGCUCUCUUCCGACCCUGCGCUAUGGUGGUGCCUGAUUUCGCCCUCAUUUCUGAAAUCAUGUUGGUUGCCGAGGCCUUCACAGAAGCAAAACUUCUCGCUCGAAGAUUCAUCACGCUCUACACUCUUUGCAAAGAGCUGUUGUCGAAGCAAGACCAUUACGAUUGGGGCUUGAGGGCAAUCAAGUCUGUGCUUGUCGUUGCGGGAUCCCUGAGACGAGGAGAUCCAGGUCGUGCUGAAGAUCAAGUCCUCAUGAGAGCUCUUCGUGAUUUCAACGUGCCUAAGAUCGUCACGGAUGACAUGCCUGUUUUCUUGGGUCUCAUCGGAGAUCUGUUCCCUGCCAUGAACGUCCCGAGAAAACGAGAUGAGGACUUCGAAAAGAUCAUCAAAAAGACCGCCACCGAUUUGAAACUGCAGACAGAAGACAGUUUCAUUCUCAAAGUCGUCCAGUUGCAGGAGCUGCAAGAGGUGCGUCACUCUGUCUUCGUCCUUGGAAACGCGGGAACUGGUAAAUCUCAGGUACUGAGAUGUCUGCACAACGUGUACAAGCAGCAGAAAAAGAAGGCAGUCUUUGUGGAUCUGAACCCGAAAGCUGUGACUAAUGACGAGUUGUUUGGAAUCAUCAACCCGGCUACUCGUGAGUGGAAAGAUGGACUGUUCUCUGUCAUCAUGAGAGAUAUGGCGAAUAUUGCGGGUGAUGCGCCCAAGUGGAUUGUGCUUGAUGGUGACAUUGACCCUAUGUGGAUUGAGUCACUGAAUACAGUCAUGGAUGACAAUAAAGUGUUGACUCUCGCCUCCAACGAGCGAAUCCCUCUCAACCCAACGAUGCGUCUCAUGUUUGAAAUCGCCCACCUCAAAACAGCCACGCCAGCUACAGUAUCCAGAGCUGGAAUCCUCUACGUCAACCCGCAGGAUCUUGGCUGGAACCCUAUGGUCCAGAGCUGGAUCGACACCCGUGAAAUCCAGACUGAAAGGGCUAACUUGACUAUUCUCUUUGACAAGUACAUUCCGCCGUGCUUGGAAACGAUGCGAACUAGGUUCAAGAAAAUUACUCCGAUCACUGAAGCGUCUCAUAUAAUGACAUUGUGCUACCUUCUCGAGGCGAUGUUGACGCCUGAAAAUACUCCUGCAGAUUGUCCAAAGGAACUGUACGAACUCUAUUUUGUAUUCUGCUGUGUCUGGGCGUUCGGAGCUUGCAUGUUCCAGGAUCAGCUUGUCGACUACAGAGUUGAGUUUACAAAAUGGUGGUCAAAUGAUUUCAAAACUGUCAAAUUCCCCUCCCAGGGAACCGUCUUUGACUAUUUCAUUGACCCUGAAACCAAGAAGUUCGAACCCUGGACAAAAAUUUUGGACAAGUUCGAGUAUGAUCCGGAUUUGCCUCUGUCUGCCAUGUUGGUGAACACGAGCGAAACAGUUCGAAUCAGGUAUUUUAUGGACAUUUUCAUUGAGAAACGAAAACCAAUCAUGUUGGUCGGAAAUGCUGGAUCGGGCAAGACUGUGAUAAUCAACAAUAAACUGAACAGUCUCAACUCGGACCAAUAUGUGAUCGCAAAUGCGCCGUUCAAUUUCUACACGACCAGUGAGAUGUUGCAACGGGUGCUGGAGAAACCCCUGGAAAAGAAGGCGGGAAGGAACUACGGACCUCCAGGCACAAAGAAAUUGAUCUACUUCAUUGACGACAUGAAUAUGCCCGAGGUGGACAAGUACUUCACUGUACAGCCGCACACUCUGUUGAGACAGCACAUGGACUACCAGCACUGGUACGACAGAGUCAAGCUGUCCCUCAAGGACAUCAACAGCGUCCAAUAUGUGUCAUGCAUGAACCCCACUGCAGGUAGUUUCACCAUCAAUCCUCGACUGCAGCGUCACUUCUCAGUGUUCGCAAUCAGCUUCCCCAACAACGAGGCCAUAGUCACCAUCUACAACAGCGUCCUAAGCCAACACCUGCAGAUGAUGAACUUCCAGCCGCCGAUCCAGAAACUGUCUCUGAACGUGGUAAAUGCCACCCUGGGAUUCCACCAGAGGAUCGCCCAGGUGUUCCUGCCCACUGCAAUCAAGUUCCACUACAACUUCAACUUGAGGGACUUGACCAACGUGUUCCAAGGUCUCCUGUUCUCGACGCCCGAUUGUGUGAAGACCCCCAUGGACAUGUGUCGACUGUGGAUCCAUGAGUGUCGCAGAGUCUACAGGGACAAACUGAUCGACGCCACCGACAUGGACAAUUACGACAAGCUCGAGGUGGACAUGGUGCAAAAAGGGUGGGAAGAAAUGAACCUGGACGAGGCCAUGCAUGCCCCAAUUCUGUACACCCACUUCUCCCAGGGUAUGGGCGACCCCAAAUACCUGCCUCUAACCGAGUGGACACAACUGAACAAACUGCUAGUGGAAGCUCUCGAAGGCUACAAUGAGAUGAACGCUCAAAUGAAUCUAGUCCUGUUCGAAGAUGCGAUGAGUCAUAUAGCGAGAAUCAACAGAAUCUUGGAGGCCCCGAGAGGUAACGCCCUCUUGGUCGGAGUCGGUGGUUCGGGUAAACAGAGUUUAGCCCGUCUUGCCGCUUUCAUAAGCUCACUAGAGGUAUUCCAAGUCACCCUCAGAAAAGGCUACAGCGUAACUGACCUCAAAACUGAUCUGGCCGCUCUUUACAUCAAAGCGGGUGUCAAGAACGUCGGAACUGUGUUCUUGAUGACCGACUCACAAGUCGCAGACGAGCGAUUCUUGGUGCUGAUCAACGACUUGCUCGCAUCGGGUGAGAUUCCAGAGAUUUUGCCGGAUGACGAGAUCGAAAAUGUCAUCGGCGCCAUGAGACCCGAAGUGAAGGGAAUGGGAAUGGAAGACUCGAGAGAAAACUGCUGGAAGUUCUUCAUCGACAAAGUCAGAAGGAAUCUCAAACUAGUGCUCUGCUUCUCGCCCGUCGGUGUCACGAUUCGAGUCCGAGCGCGACGGUUCCCCGCGAUUGUCAAUUGUACGUCAAUCGAUUGGUUCCACGAAUGGCCCAAGGAAGCGCUUGUCAGUGUGAGCUUGAGGUUCCUGUCUGAAGUUGAUCUUUUGGGUCCCGAUCUGAGAGAGUCGAUAGCCGAGUUCAUGAGUUUUGUUCAUUUAAGUGUUAACGAUAUGUCCCAUACCUAUCUGACGAAUGAAAGGAGAUACUACUACACCACACCUAAGAGCUUCUUGGAACUGAUUAUGUUGUACCGAAACUUGCUCGGCAAGCAACACAAAGAUUUGUUGGCAAAAAUGGAGCGUCUUGAGAACGGUUUGCAGAAGCUGCAAAGCACGUCAUCACAGGUCGAUGACCUAAAAGAGAAACUGAAAUCGCAAGAGGUCGAGUUAGCUCAGAAGAACGAAGACGCAGACAAGCUUAUUGAAGUGGUCGGCAAGGAAACCGAAAUGGUGAAUGGCGAAAAGGAAAAGGCUGCAGAAGAAGAAGCGAAGGUGACGGUGAUCCAAAAGGAGGUAUCAAUCAAACAAGCCUCGUGUGAGGAAGAUCUUUCGAAAGCGGAGCCUGCUCUGAAAGCGGCCCAGGAGGCCUUGAAUACCCUGGACAAAAACAACUUGACGGAGCUGAAGUCUUUCGGAUCACCCCCAGCUGCGGUGGUAACUGUGACGUCAGGUGUCAUGGUUCUAUAUCUGGGAGGAGCGGCUGGAAAAGUUCCAAAAGAUCGCACCUGGAAAGCAGCUAAAGUCAUGAUGGGAAAUGUCGGAGAGUUCCUGAACAAUUUGGUUACUUUCGACAAGGACCAUAUCCAUCCAGCUGCGGUGAAAGCCAUGGAUGAAUAUAUGAAAAACCCAGAAUUUGAUCCAGAGUUCAUCAAGGCUAAAAGUUCGGCCGCUGCCGGUUUGUGUUCAUGGGCUAUCAACGUCAUCAAGUAUUUCGAAGUUUACUGCGAAGUUGAGCCAAAACGAAUGGCUCUUGAACAGGCCAAUAGAGAUCUGGCAACUGCUGAGGCCAAACUAAGUGUGGUGCAAGCCAAGAUUGCGGAACUGGAUGCGAAUUUGGGUAAACUUACCGCUGAGUUCGAGACUGCAACGGCUGCUAAACUGAAAUGUCAACAAGAAGCAGAGGCUACUGAAAAUACGAUUAAGCUAGCCAAUCGGCUAGUCGGAGGCUUGGCUUCUGAAAAUGUUCGUUGGGCCGAAUCAGUUAAGAAAUUCAAAGAGGAAGAAGUUACUCUGCCAGGAGACGUUCUGCUAAUUUCGGCAUUUAUUUCAUACGUGGGAGGUUUUACGAAAAGAUACAGACUUGAUUUAACCGACCAUUUGUGGACGGAUAAACUAAAAACUUUGAAAACCCCGAUUCCUGUGACCGAAAAUUUGGACCCGUUGAUCAUGGUCACUGACAGAGCCCAAAUUGCGUCCUGGAACAACGAAGGGUUGCCGAGUGACCGAAUGUCGACUGAAAACGCGACAAUUUUAACAAGCUGCGAACGUUGGCCGCUCAUGAUUGAUCCUCAACUGCAAGGAAUUAAAUGGAUCAAAACUAAAUAUGGAGACGCCUUGACUGUGAUCAGAUUGGGACAGAAAGGAUACCUGGACACACUGGAAAGAGCCCUCGCGAAUGGAGAGACGGUUCUGGUCGAGAAUCUGGGCGAAGAAAUUGAGGCCGUUUUGGAUCCGAUUCUGGGCAGGAACACUAUCAAGAAGGGAACUGCGAUUAAACUGGGAGACAAGGAGAUUGAAUACAACCAGAGUUUCAGGUUGAUUCUGCACACGAAGCUGGCCAACCCGCAUUAUAAGCCAGAGAUCCAGGCACAAGCUACUCUGAUCAACUUCACUGUGACGAGGGAUGGGUUGGAGGACCAGCUGCUGGCUGACGUCGUCAGUGCCGAGAGGCCGGAUCUAGAGGAACUAAGGCUUGACCUGACUAAGAAGCAGAAUGAGUUCACGAUCACCCUCAAAGAGCUGGAGGACAAUCUGCUAGCGAGACUGUCGGCCGCAGGAGGCAACUUCCUAGGAGACACUGCUUUGGUGGAAAAUCUGGAGACUACUAAGAGGACGGCCAGUGAGAUCGAAGUGCAAGUAGCAGAAGCGAAAAUCACAGAGGUGAAGAUCAAUGAGGCGCGUGAACUGUACAGGCCAGCUGCCAACAGGGCCUCUAUCCUCUACUUUAUACUGAAUGAGAUGGAUAAGAUCAACCCCAUCUAUCAGUUCAGUCUCAAGGCAUUCAACGCCGUCUUCAAGGUCGCGAUAGACAGGGCGGCAGCGUCUGAGAGUGAGGACGAGAAUGAGAAGGUGAAACAGAGAGUGAAAAACUUGAUCGAUCAGAUCACUUACCAAGUAUACAUCUACACCUCAAGGGGUCUAUUUGAGAAGGAUAAGCUAAUCUUCACUACCCAAGUAGCCUUCCAGAUCCUGCUGAACUCGAAGGAGAUCUCAGCCCCGGAGCUGGACUUCCUCCUCCGAUUCCCCAUCACUCCCAACGUCACCUCCCCCGUCGACUUCCUCAACAACAACUCGUGGGGGGCUAUCAAGUCUCUGUCGGCCAUGGAGGACUUUAAGAACCUCGACAAGGACCUGGAGGGCAGUGCGAAGCGGUGGAAGAAGUUUGUAGAGAGUGAGGCGAUCGAAAAGGAGAAGUUCCCGCAGGAGUGGAAGAACAAGACCUCCCUUCAGCGACUCUGCAUGCUCCGAGCACUCAGACCAGACAGGAUGACAUACGCCAUCUCACUGUUCAUUGAGGAGCGACUGGGUAAGAAAUACACGGAGAACAGGUCGAUUCCCUUCCCAGACUCCUACAAGGAGAGCGGACCUGCAAUUCCCAUGUUCUUCAUCCUUUCACCAGGCGUGGACCCAUUGGUGGAUGUGGAGGCGCUGGGCAAGAAGAUUGGGUUCACUUUUGACGCCAAGAACUUCCACAAUGUCUCCCUCGGACAAGGACAAGAGAUAGUGGCUGAAUCGGCAAUCGCAAAAGCCUCAGAGGAAGGCCAUUGGGUCAUUCUACAAAAUGUGCACUUGGUUGCAAAAUGGCUGCCGACUCUGGAAAAGAGGAUGGAAGAGGCUGCGGCCACUGCGCAUGAGUCAUACAGGAUCUACAUCUCGGCCGAGCCAGCCCCCACCCCGGCGUCGCAUAUUUUGCCCCAGGGUAUUCUGGAAAACAGCAUCAAGAUCACGAAUGAGCCGCCUACUGGCAUGUUUGCUAAUUUGCACAAAGCCCUCGAUAAUUUCGACCAGGACACGAUGGAGAUGUGCUCGAAGGAGGCAGAGUUCAAGAGCAUCCUGUUCUCCCUCUGUUACUUCCACGCUGUCAUCGCCGAGAGGAGGAAGUUCGGACCCCAAGGAUGGAACAGGGGAUACCCAUUCAACACCGGAGACCUCAAAAUCAGCGCCAUGGUGUUGUUCAACUACCUGGAGAACAAUGCGAAGGUGCCGUGGGAGGAUCUGAGGUAUCUGUUUGGGGAGAUCAUGUACGGGGGACACAUCACAGACGACUGGGACAGGCGACUCUGCAGGACAUUCCUCGAGGAGUUCAUGGGACCAGACCAGCUGGACAGUGAGAUCUGGCUGGCUCCUGGAUUUGCCACUGCUCCCAACAGUGACUACAAGGGAUACCACACCUACAUAGACGAAGCACUCCCAGCUGAGAGUCCAGUGCUGUACGGUCUGCACCCGAAUGCGGAGAUUGACUUCCUGACGACGACUAGCGAGAAGUUGUUUCGCACAGUGAUGGAAAUGCAGCCCAAGGACGCGGGAGGGGGCGACGACGGGGGAAUGUCCAAGGAGGAAAUGGUGAAGCAGACGCUGGAUGACAUAAUGGAGAAGUUGCCAGAGUCGUUCAACAUGGUGGAGUUGAGUGGGAAGACGGAGGAGAAGACGCCCUACACUGUGGUGUGUCUGCAGGAGUGUGAGAGGAUGAACACCCUCACCAACACCAUCAGGGGGUCCCUCAAGGAACUGAACUUGGGUCUGAAAGGUGAGUUAACAAUCACGCCUCAGAUGGAGGAAUUGAUGAAUGCUCUGUUCCUGGACAGUGUUCCUGGCCCCUGGGAGGCCAAAGCGUAUCCCUCCACUUUCGGACUGGGCCAGUGGUAUGCGGAUCUACUGCUGAGGAUCAAAGAACUCGAGAUAUGGUCCAACGAUUUCUCACUACCCAACACUGUAUGGCUCGGCGGUUUAUUCAACCCUCAAUCCUUCCUCACAGCCAUCAUGCAGCAGACUGCGCGUAAGAACGAAUGGCCACUUGACCGAAUGACCAUCUCGUGUGACGUCACAAAGAAGAGCAAGGAGGACUUCGGCAGUCCCCCCAGAGAGGGUGCUUAUGUGUAUGGACUGUUCAUGGAGGGCGCCAGAUGGGACACACAAAGUGGCUUGCUCUCCGAGGCUAGGCUGAAAGAGUUGACCCCUAGCAUGCCCGUAUGCUACCUCAAAGCUAUUCCCGUGGACAAGGCAGAUCUGAAGAACAUGUACCCCUGCCCUGUCUACAAGACCCGAAUCAGGGGUCCCACUUUCGUCUGGGUAUUUAACCUGAAGACCAAGGAGAAACCUUCCAAGUGGAUCAUGGGCGGUGUAGCUCUACUGCUCAGUGUAUAGAAGUCACUACAAAACAAGGGAUCCACAACAAAACGAGGAGGUCACACACAAGCAUGACUAGGAAAAAUAGAAACUUGCACUCGAAUAUGAUUCAAAAAUUGAACCUGAUAAUUUUGAAAAAUGUCUUAAAUCUCUUUGACAAUAAAAUCAUAUCAAUUU